ACUCCGUUCGUCGUCGGGCAAGCAGGAAGCUAAAUUUUCCCCACGGAAACCUCCGGCAAACUCGUGAAAAUCAUCGUAAAAAUGUGCUUCCCGGGCAGGGCUAGUGUUCCGUCCCGGUUACAUUCCAUUUUCGAGUGAAUUCCGACGAGUACCAAGCCGAAAAAGUGCAUUCAAAUCCCGGUUCCAACAGUGCAAAGGGGCAUAAAAAAAAAUUGACGAGAGAGAGUUUCCAACCUGGGUGGAAGAAGGCAACAAAAAGCGAAAAGCUAAUGUAGUGUGUAUAAAAAUUCAACGAUUGUGUUUUAAUACUGCACCCCGCGCUGGCCACUCGCGCGCGCCAUUCGGAUAGGGUACGUGAAGGAAACGCGAGAAAAACAACGGUGUGUGUUUGUGCAAGACGGGGGCCAAUCCGAUCCUAUCCAAACUCCCAAGGGAAAGAGGGAGGCCAGUGAGGGUGAACUCGCGAGCGUUGUGUGUUCGUUGCUCGGUGCGCGCGGAUCAGAAAAGGUGAAGAAAAAUAGUUGUGCUAGAUUUAAUUUUUCUCCAUUCAUCCACUCCAUCAUUGCCGUGCAAUGCCAAUGGCAGCAUUAACAACAACGAGAAGGUUGGUGUGGUGAAGGUAGCUGACGCGCGGACGAACGGCCUUUCUCUUUCACGACACGACGACAGCGAAACGCCCCAGCAGCACAGCAAUAGAGGCGUACCACCUAACAAGCAGCAGCCAACAAGUUUGAGAGCAGCUUUGGUUUUGGUUUGGGGGAAAGGUUUCGCCCGUCGUCGUGCCCCCGUUCCGUAUCCAAAAACAACUCUCCUAAACAACAACAACAACAGAGCAGCAGAUCGGAGGAGGAGAGAUUGCCUUUUACAACUCAGUGAGUGAACCCCACGUAAAGGUAUUACUGCGGGAACGGACAUACAGCAGCAGCAGCAACAGCAUUGAGAGCUGGUUGUAAGUUUUGUUUUGCUUUGGCUGUGGCCUUUUCCUUCCGCAAAGCACAACAAUGCGAGUAUUAGUUUUGGAGUUGAUGGCCUCCGGACGAUGAGGAAGCAGAGAAGGGGCCAUCGUGCUCCCGGGUUUGUGCUAAACGAAUGCCUUUUCAGUGGUGUCGGAUUAUUGCCAUUUCGGAUUGUGGUGCUGCCAGUUUGUGGGUUGAAGGAAUUUGUGUGUGAAGAGGCUGUGUGAUUUUCCCGGAUCUAUAGUAAUUGCCUCAUCAUUCGGCUCAGUUGUGAAUCAUCUCCGUUCAGUGCAAGCACAAAGAGACUAGCUACUACCAUCAUCAACUAAAUAACAGAGAAGAAAGAUAAUAUAGUGAAGUGAAACCCGACCAAUGCAAUCCACCGCGGCAGUCCCGAUGAGUACUGUCAACGCCGCCGUUGCCGUGGAGGAACCAUCCGCCCGUGAUUCAAACCAAACAGCCGGAAAGUGGUGAGCUCUCUGAAGCUUGAAGCAAAACGGAGAAUAAUUUAAUCCCGUAAGUGCCAAUAGUACGACAAACAGCAGGAGGGAUGCUGCAGCUGGCGGAAUUCGCUGUGAGCAGCUUCUGGAUCUACUGCACCCUGUCGUUGGUCGUCAUGGUAACACUGGUCACGACCCUGGCCUCGUGCCUCUGCUGCCGGAAGCAGGAGAUCAAAAAUGACCUGCUCGGCUUGGAAGGCAUGGUAAAGCUAACCAACCCGGAGGACACUCUAACCAGCCAGGGGACGACGGUGGGUGGCGAAAGCGGUGGCCCCGGAAUGGGGUCCGGAACCGACCAGCCAGAUCGCAGCGAACCGGAAAGCAUUAGUAAAAGGGCUUCCAAUGCACCGCACCGAAGUUUGCCGGAUAUUCCGGUGGUGGAACCGGUUGGCGAUAACAACUCCGAACUGUACGCAACCGUUGGCGACAAGGUUCAGGAUCUUCCCCAAGGAAGAAGUCCCACAUCCAGCUUGAAGAAGCAGGCCAGCGUUUCGCAGCACAGCUCCAUCAGCCAAGCGGACGACAUAAGUUCACCGUAUGCGAGGGUUCGGUCUCCUCCGCACGCGUACGAUAAACUACGUCGGGCGGAGCAUCCAUACGCGCAGGUCGUCCAACCGGGUACCAGCGGAACGGCGCAGGUCGCUGUCACCGUGGACGACGAUGAACUCUUAAGUCCCAUCUCGCGUCGUGGCCUAUCCAGCGUGGCAGGUGGAGGCGGUGGAGGAGGGGACUCCAACCAAAGCUUGCUGGACGAUCGGGAAGCUUCUACUGUGGAUAUUCCCGCGGCAUCAGCAAUCGCUGGACGCGUCUCCGCAAGCCAAGACCUACCGUACAUGACUCCUCCAAUCGUACAACCACCGCAGCAGCACUUUAGCGGUGACUCGCAGGAUUCCUCAAAGGGUUACACCAGUAUUAGCGUCCGGGAACCGUUGGCGAAUCUCUUACCUCAAUCUCAAAACCAAACCACCGCACAGAGGCGUCAAAUCUUGGGCGACUCACACUAUGCCACCGUUUCGGAUGACUCCGACGAAAUGUACGCAGCAAUUGACGACCCGAACAACCAGGGUGACCUGUAUACCAGCGGUUCGGAAACGUACGCCCAGAUCCAACCGCCGAACAUGGUGACGGUCUCGGUCGAGAUCAACACCGGAGCAUCCAGCCGGCCUUCGGCUGGCCUCCCGCAAGAAGAUUCGCUCGAUGCCCUUCAGCCACUUCCAGCGAACUCUUCUACUAGUGCAAUAGCCACCACCCUUCACAACCGUCUCAGUAGCAAUAGUGGUACGAUGGACGAAUCAUCCGGACAGCCACCGCCACCACCGAUCGAUAGCCUUAGGGCUCACCAGCCGCACCCGUCGUAUGCACACUCGCGCCAAGCCAGCAGCUCCAGUUGUACCAGCUCGGUUGGCAACCUGGGAUCUCCGAAGCCGGAGAAACGUCAGGCCAACUCGCCCCUCCCGCCGACACCAAAGAAUCUAAAGCACCAGUCGACAAACACCUUCUUCAGCAACUCAAACCUCACCUCGAUCAGUUCGAACACGUCCACGCAGACCGGCCAGUCCGGUCGGAAUUCGGUUGCCUCAGUGAUCGAGUAUAAGACCUCGCGGGAGAACAUUUCCGGGGCCAAAGCCGACGAUGGAACGCCCCAACAGCAGGCCAACGGCUCCGCGAUCAAACCGAAGAAGAGUCCCUCCAAGGAUCUGGAGGGGAUGUAUGCCAAGGUCAUGAAAAAGAACAAACUCUCGAAAGCACCCUCGCAAAACUCGAGUCCAGUUCCGCUGCGGAAGGAUGGUACGGCCCUGCUAGCCGAUGCCGAACAAUUUCUAUCGGAUCCGGAGCUAACGCAGCUCAACGGAAGUGGUUCCCUGCAUGGGUCUCCGAGCAAGAAACCCCUACCGGUGAUCAACUCUGGCAACGACUACGAAACCUUAGACAAGAAACAAAUUCGCCACCAUUCGCAGCAGCAGCAAGAUCCGGGAUACGAAACGAUCCCUGGUGACAGUGCCAACAGUAAGGCUGAGCUUAGGAAAUCCGCAGACUAUGCCCAGAUUCAGAAGCGAAGCAGCAAUCUAGCGGUGGCGCAAGGGAUCCAGAGUGUCUCGAGAAAUUCUCUGGAAAUAUUCCAUGGGGUCGGUAAGUCCGCUGAUGGAGAACCUGGCUACGAGAGUCUUCCCGGAAGCAACGAUCCGGGGUACGAGACGUUGAACAGGAAAGGUGCCGAAUCGGAUUCGGAUCCUAACUAUGAAAUUCUAAGGCCCGCGAGGGAUAACGACGGGUACAGCAGCAUAAGGGAUAAGCGGUCGGCCAAGAAUCGGCUCGAUUUCGGGAAGGAUGAUGACACUGACAGCACCCCGGGGUACAGUAGUAUAAAGGAGAAGAUCGAUUACGAUCCUGGCUACAGUGUGAUAACGGAAAAGAAGAAACCGCCGGUGGUGCACGACUACGCGAGUAUCACCGAGGAAACGAAGCGGAAAAAGCAAACCCUCAACAAUAACAAUCUGGAUCCGGGUGAAGAUUCCGACAUCUAUUCCAGCAUCACAAACGCUCCUAUCGUGGUCAAUUCGGCAGCGAUUCUUUCUAACAAUUACUCCACGAUUCCGGAACCCCCGAACCUCACCUCGUCGCCCGGUUAUUCGAGCAUCUCGGAAACCCGUACUACUCCUUCCACUGAUAGCACCAGCUCGCCGGAUAACCUGAUAGGCUACACCAAACAGCACAACACCGCAACGAACAACAGCAACAGUCGACUUUCUUCCAAUUACGAAUCUCUCACCGGAAGCGAAUCGGAUCCAAACUACGAAUCCGUCAAGUAUCUCAACGUCAAAGAAAAUCCCUACGAACGGCUACACAACGAACCCUCCGGGCAAACCCCCUCGACGGCCGGUCCAUCGUCCAACGAUUCGCUCUCGAAGUCGUCCGAUUCCUCGGCGACGCCCGGCUUGCACGAGUCGACCGUGAUGGCGACGGAGGAUACCGGUUCCGAGACUCCUCCGGCCGAAGCAGCAGCGCAGACGCCGUCGGUGUGCGAGCUAGAAACCACCGGCGUCAGUGACUACUUUCAAGUCUGAUUUUUCUUCGCAACUGUGAGAUCCCCCCCGUCGUCGCGACGUCUUCGUCGUGAAGUGUGAGUACUAUUUUUUUUAUAAGAUGUGUAUGUGAAUUUCCACGCGUGUUUGGGAAUGCUAUUAUUUCCUGACGGCAAGCAGAAAUCGACUCCAACAAAGUAUAUUUAUAUGAUUAAUUAUUAUUAUACUAGGGUAGGACGUACGGUAAGAUCACAGAUGAUUAAUAUAUUCCGAAUGCAGCUUAGCGGUAACGAUACAUAUAAGUUAGGCAUCCGUUUUUACCUGUGUACGCGGCGGUUUCUGACCGGGCUUGGAUUUGAGGGGUUAUGUUCUGGAAUUCGUUUUAAAUAGAACAAGGCGCGCUGUUUAUUUACGCGUUGAGCAGAUUGAGCUUACAAAUAUUACUUCAUGUUGAAAUCAGCUCGUUUGUUAAUAAUUGAAACUUUAUUUUCUGAUGGGGCGUUCUUUAAAUUGCAAGGUUUUAAAGCAUUCUACAAGUUUCAAUAAUGGUCCAAAGAACUCGCAUAAAACCAAAAUUGUUACUUGGUUGGGUGCCCUUUGAAAGUUCUAGGAAUUUCAAGCACUAAACACUGCUGCUGCCCAAUGAGAAGUUGUUGCUGGAUCCAGAUCUAGAGAAUAGAUCAGUGCACGUAAAAGUUGCCCUUUGCUCUUGAAAGCCCAUUAGAACUAUAAAGAAAGAGAGAAGGAUUAGUAAUUUCCAUUUAAUUACACUAGUUUAUUUGCUUAUCCUUGACAGACUUCUUGACUUCUUCAGUGUCAAAUAAGGUAGUGAACUGAAAUGGAAAUUACUAAUCCUGCUCUCUUUCGUGUGUGGGGAAAUUUAGGCUAGGUUCCGGGCACUGAUCUAUAAUAGGGAAACGAACUGAAUGGGGUGGCGUUUUCGCAUUCUGCCUACACUGUCUUAAAUUCUCCGUAUCUAAUCUCCGUACAAAUCUAUACUCGGUCAGCAACCACCGAUCGCUACCGAAGGAUCGUAUUAUAAGAGUGAGAAAGACAACCCAUUAUUACUGUACUGUUCGUCUUUUGUGCGAAAGUUCGCUGCUUUUUGUACAAGAAGGGUUUAGUCUAAAAACCGAUCUACUGAUAUUUAUUUCAAUUAAGUGCAAAGCAACGGAAGAUAACUUUGGAAGCUGCCCUAGCAUUGUCCACCAGCAGCAGCAGCAGCACUCAAAUAAUAUUCACUCACACAAACAAACACACUCACACCCACAAUACAAAUACACUCAAACACAGCUCACACAAGCAUACAUUUAGAGAUGAGGUGAGAAUUUUUACUAUUCACUCAACUAAAACGACGAAACGCAAGAGAUAGAAGAAGUAUUAAUCCAUGCAAAUGUAGCAAACAAAAUGUGGCCAAUGGAAGUCAUUUUCAAAAAAUGAUUUGGCUUGAUUAUUUAUAUUUGACGAGGAAAGUGGUAGAUGUAUUAGCGUUAGGCGAUUUAUUUAUUGUUAUUGGCUUUUUCUCCCGUGCCCUUCGAAAUUUAAAGCAAAAAAAGAAAUCUUAAAAGCAAAAUUAAGCCAACUAGGUAGCAACCUAUGUUCGAUCGUUAGGUCGGUAUUUUUUGUCAGUUUUAACUGAUUGGAUGCAAGCCAAACAUCAGCAACUAACUAAGUACAUUCCAUGCGUAAAACCAAACUAAACCUUAUCUAAAAACUACCGAGUACUGUUAUUAUGCAAGCAUUUUCGAAAUUAAGAUUAUUUUUUUUUUUGCAACACAACACCAAGCAUUCAACCGUUUAUGAAUAUUUUUUGUUAGAUUAUUUUUUUUCCCCGUACCUUCUGUUGCGAAGCGAAUUUCGCGUUCUUACUCGGUUCGGAGUGAUCAAAAUCUAAUGAGAGGAAAAAAUCGGGACAGAUCAAAGAGAGUAGAAUAAACUCGUAAUCUAAUGAAAA